UCUCCCUCCACCAUCAGUACACCGCCGCAGCACUCUCUAUCGUCAGAAUCCCGAUUUGGAACGGCGGUGAUCUCCCAUUCUAGACCAACGGCCAUACGUUUCGGAUCUGCCCUGGUCUCCCGUCCUCUUUAUUCACGCGCUGAGUCCACCAAGUCCGCCCUAUUUCUCCAUGUCCAGUCCGCCGCGCCUAUCCAAGACAUGAACGUUAGUCCUUAGCGGUCCUGCUGUACUACCGGAUCUGGAUCAUUCGCCGCUCCCAUCUUGAACCCCAUUCUGUCCGAAGCCUGCUGCUCCACUUGAGGCUCUCGGGAUCCUUCCCGGCCCCGUCCAGCUCUUGGAUAUAUACUGCUCCAUCGCCGCCUCAGUAAGCUAUGUCGGACCCUAGUGAGACAGGCGGCCGCCCAUUGGCCUCAUCCAUUCAGCAACCAGAAGGCAGCACUCAACCUCCAGCUCUCCGUCGCAAACGUCGUCGAAGCUCUCAGUCAUCAGAUGAACGUGUGGGCGGAACCAAGUCUAGCUCAACUCGACGUCGUCCAGGAACUAGAAAAGACAUGUCGUUCGGCCCCCACGCCGGCUCCUCCCGCGGGGACAGUUCCAUGCAACGCUCCCACAGCCCUACACAGAUGUCACCGGAACCUACGUCAGUAAAUUAUACUAGGACUGGUCGCAUUAGCAAGGCGAAGAAAGGUCUUAAAGUUCACCAUUGCGAUUGUGGAAGAUCUUACACGAGAGCAGAGCAUUUAAGACGUCACCAGAAGAACCACGCCCAAGAUGCGUUGGUCUGCAAGUUCCCAGAGUGUGGGAAGACCUUUUACAGAAUCGAUCUCCUGCAACGACAUCAGGAACGGCACACUGAAAUUGGAAAAGACUCUCGCCGCCCCUCAUUUAUGAGCCAGGGAACAACUGCAGAGCCCGAAGUCCAGGUCUCCGCGCCGGUUACUCUUCCUUCGUCCAUCGUGACGACACUUGCUCAGGCUCCGCCAUAUUAUCAGCAAACUGUCUCCCCAGUGCCGGAGCCGACUUCAGACCCAAGGUAUACAUUAAAACAGUUUCGUCCUCCUCAGAUUCCUUCUUCAGCAUUUGGUCAUGUCCUUCGUUCUUCUCCGAAUUCCAAUGCUAUCAAGCAGCAGAGGUCGUAUCACUCUAGAAAUCAUACAUCUGUCACAGUACCAGUACCAGUGGACGGGCUCCAGACAGACAUCGCCUGGAGCAAUUCAUAUAACCAAUCCCCCAAUUACUCGUCAAGUGGUUACGACUCCCCAGUGCCCUACGCCGGCGAACAUUCAAACAUGUUCGCCAAUCCCCCGUACGGACCUGGACCCAACCGUACUCGCACCUCUUCCAACGCAUCCUUCAUCGAGCCUUGGGCAUUCCCAUCGCGAUCACCUACGUCAGCUACCUCUACGAUGGCAUGUACAUGGACAUCAAAUGACAAGAGUCCGGUACCGCCAAAUUUACCCUUCCUGACCUCGACAUAUUCUAUGACGGGCAUGUCGGUCUCUGCUGCUGUUGAUCCGAUCUCCGGGUACCACAUGCCUUUCGGUCCGAAGUCGAUGGCGCUGAUAGAUGAGGAGGAACAAGCAUUUUUGUUCCCUGAGCAGUCAUUCGGUACGGCCCACAUUGCAAACACCUAUCCGCUUGAACAAUAUCUUGACAAUUACUGGAGAUUGUUUCACCCCUCUUUUCCCGUCAUCCAUCGAGCUACCUUUGACGGCAUGAACACGUCACCCAUGCUCCGUGCCGCCAUGAUUGCGAUCGGCGCGCAGUAUUCGAACGAUACCAGUGCGAAGCGAAAGUACUCCCGAAUCCUUCACGACCGCUGCAGGAAGCUCCUUGACAAGAGAGACCUAGUCAUGACUGAACCUGAACGAAUCUGCGACUACCAAGCUUUACUUCUCAUUGAAGUCCUUUCUCAGUACGCGGCUCGACGCGCCCCCAAGUCACUCUCACCCCGGUUCGAGAGUAUGUACAAGAAGCUCUCUCAAAAUUUCAGAGCGACGUCUUCAAGUGUAGCCGACAUCAUGUCCGCAAUUGUGAUACCCGAGAACGCCACCUACAAGCGUUGGAGCCAAUGGGUGGAGCUUUCUAGCCAGCAACAUCUGCUCCUGUGCUGCUACAUUUUAGAGUCCCAACAAACCACUCUCCUCGCCCGCCAGCCCCAACCUUCGAUCCUCCAAACCACUUCUGGAUUCGGCCUUCCAUUCCCUGCACACGCUGCCUUGUGGGACGCCACAGACCACACGGAAUGGGGAAUGGCUGCGCAACAGUACCUUCAUUUCCCGACAUACGUCUAUGAGAUCACACCUGAGACUAGUGUUGGCCCCUUUGACAGCUUUCAAUCUUCGCUCCUUAUCGCUGCAUAUUAUAACCACUUCAGCAACGCGAUGCCCUAUCUUUCCGGACCUUCACUCGUAGUCAUCGAUCACCUUCUCGAUCAAUCACCACUUACUAAACAUCGACUCCUUACAGCGAAACUCCUUCAAGUAACGCCUAUUCGUGAGCUGCUUGCUGUUGCUGGCGAAUCAUGGAUCUUGUCUGAGAAAGUAACUUCUCCUCCGGAUUUUGCGAACUGCAAGGCCACCCUGAGGACGUGGGUCAGUGCUCUCUGGACCCCUACUACCGAUGCGCAGAGUCAGGCUGUGAAGGACGCUCUGAAACUUGCUAUUGAAAUUAUGCAGCAUGCAAUGAUGACGCCGUUUAACAACCUCCGCCUCAAGCUAGGCGCCGACAUGGGUCUCUUCUUUGCCACUUUAGUUAUUUGGGCUGUCACUGUCGCAGCAAACACACGGAUCAAUACCCCUCAGGCACAAUGCCAACCCCUACGAUACCCUUCGCACUCCCCUCUCCCUUCUCACCCCCCUUCUGGUCAUUACCCUUCUACACCGACCCACCUCUCCGCAACCUCAGCGCAGCCUUCUCAAUCCCCGAACCCCGCCCAAUCCGCUGCGAUUGGCCUUCUCCCAAUCUCACACACGUCUCCUGCACCUGCGUUUGCGUCGAACAGCAUGCUGCACUCUGAGAUCACAAUGAAUUCGGUCAAUUUCCUCAGCAGCGCUCUUCUUGAGUUCGAUCUUCUCGGCGUAGUUCCUCAGUGGCCUCGCGACGUUGCUCAGUGGCAACAGGGCAGUGCUGCUCUCCUGCGAUGGGUGAAGAUGCGUCUUCGCAAUGGGGCUAUCGAGGGUCGAGACAGCGUUAUUGGUCUUGUUCCCACAAGUGCCGGCCCUGGUCGCGGUGGUGAUGGGCUCGGCGAGCUGAUCGAUGGAGUAAUCAACGUCCUUGAGAAGGUCAUUGGACGAGGGUGGGACGGCUGGGGGGUUUAAUACCUUCCACUAUUCUUCAUAGGCCACCCCCUUCUUCGACACAGGACUGUAACAUUCUCCGGAGUACCUACCCAUCUAAGCU